UUCAAGAAAGUGCGAAUCCUGCAACUUGGCUAGAAAAAGAGAAUAGCAAAUCCUGUAUAUAGAUGAAGAUAAUAAAAAGGAUAUGGCACUCUUUUUAUCUUCGAGGUUAUAACAAAGAGGUUUGGUUUCUAUGGGGAGCUCUAACAUGGAAAGAACAAAGUUGGAGAUGUUUGAGGUUGGACCUGUUAAGGAUGCCUAUCAGAUGGGUUUCUUGAUUGGGCAGAGGUUCUCUAAGGAGAUAAGAAGCAGGUUGUCCACAGACCUCAUUCUUCAAAAUCAACUCCUUCCUUUUGCUCAAAAAUCAGAGUCACAAUCAUUGAUUAAUGCCCUUAUCGACAACAACAGAGAGAAAUUUCCUAGAUACUGGGAUGAGCUAUUGGGGACUGCAGAUGGAAGUGGAGUGUCUAUUCUUGAUGUCAUAUUAAUCAACUUCAGGAAAGAGAUUCUACCAUUUCUUCCAAAGACAGAAACUUUUAUGAAGGCUGAAACUUCAGAUGACUGUUCCGAUGUUCUUGUUGUUAGUGAUAAACUUGCCAUUGCAGCACAUAAUGAGGAUGCAAAUGUUGUUCUAGUCGGGCACACCUACCUAAUCAAGGCAAUUUUGUCAAAUGGGCAAUACUUCAUUGGUUAUACUUAUGCAGGAGAGCUUCCAAGCUGUGCUUUUGGGUUCAAUACUCAAGGACUGGCAUUUACGCUGAAUUCAGUACCCCCAACUGAAGGAGAGAUCAUGGCCGGAGGAAUUGGACGCAACUUUGUCUCGAGGGACCUACUUGAAGCCACAAGCAUUGAUGAUGCACUGGAUAGAAUAUAUUCAUCAGAAGUAUCUGUAGGGCACAGUUACAAUCUUAUUGACAUAAGGACAAGGAGGAUUUUGAAUGUCGAAACUGCAUCAAGGAAUCGAGUUUCAGUUCGUGAAGUUGGUGUAACACCAUUCUUCCAUGCAAACAUGUACCUCCACCUUCAAGUUGAGCAGCUUGUUGCAAAGGUACAAGAUGACAACUCAACUAGCAGGCAAGAAAGAGCAACUGUGCUGCCAAAAGGAUCAGCAGAUGAUUUCCUGUCUCUUCUUGGUGACAUGGAUGACAAAAAAUACCCUAUUUACAUGACAGGUCCAACACUAUAUACUCUCUGCACAGCAUUGAUAGAUCUGGAUGACCAAACACUAUCAAUUAUUGAGGGAAAUCCACAGAAAGGAGAGGCUUCCUAUGUUUUCUCGAUGUCCACAAGAGAAUGGAAGAUAUCACCAUAAGAGCCGGCUGCACCCACUACAUUGGCUGUCAUUGAAAUUGAUUUGUAUCUCGAGCACUUAUGCAGGCUCGUAGAGGCCUAGUACAUGGCCAUCUGUGCAUCGCAUGGCUGCAACCUGAUAGAAACAAUUUGCAUGACAUCUUUGGACGCUUUGUAAUGAGUCUAAGUAAGAUCUUUGUACAUGUCAGGAUCAUAAGGAAAUUACCUUUCCAUGGAUUUCAUA